UGUGUCAGACCCAAUGUCCCUUAUGCUUCGUCAAUAAUUCUCUAAACUCUUCGAAAUUUCAAUCAACGUGCUGUGGUUCUCAAGGAUAGCAUAUGGGGAUUAUAUAGCGGAUUUAUAACCCAUUCGGUGCCAUCAAAUAUGGUUCUCAAUGUCACCUGUGGAGUGGACGACUUCCAGUGCAUUGCCAGCAUCGCCGCCAUCGUCACGUGUAUUCUGUCCCUAGGAGGCUGCUCGGUCAUCUUCGCCUCAUGGAUCCUGUUAAGGAGCGUUCGCACACCGAACCGACUCAUGCUGCUUUAUCUUACGAUUGCGGAUUUCUUCGUGGCCAGCGGUCAGCUUAUAGGGACCAGCUGGACCUUAGGGGACCAUCUCCACCCAGAUCCAAUUAAUCACAAUUGCAGCCACCCUCAUCCGGCAUGCGUGGCGCAAAGCUUUGUGUCAACUUUGGCGACGAUGUCGUCGUUCCUGUGGAGCAUGCUGAUAGCGUGGCACGUCUACAGGUCGGUCCUGGUGCCGGGGACGGGGACGUACUGGCUGGACAGACACCGCUGGGCGCAGCAUCUUCUGUGCUGGGGAGUACCUUUGGGGAUAGUUUUGGUCACACUUGGUAGGGGCAGACUUGGGCUGGACACUAUUGAAGAGAAGGGAAUACCUACAAUGGCCAGUGGACUUUGGUGUUGGAUAAAGACGAGCGCCGCUGAAAUAAAGGGGAAUUACUCGGCGGAGAUUAUAACUUUUUAUAUAGUGACGGGGCAGCUCUGGCUAUAUGUGGCAUUUCUGGUGAUUCCCGUGCUCUAUAUACUGUCAAAAAGAAGAAUUAAGGUCACGCCUACUGAGUUAAUACAUCAAUCAGCUUCCCUGUAUGAGUCAGUGAAGGAAACAGAUCGUCUCAUGACUUGGAUCCCCGCCAUGUUCCUGCUCUUGAGACUAUGGAGCUGCGUCCGUUUUGUCGGCAAUACGCUUCUGGUCUUAGAACUUGUGCCUGAAACUGCUACACAUGCUUUGAUUUUCAAUAAAGUGCUCCUGAUAAUGCAGGCGGUCGGUGACAGCGCCCAGGGGUUCACCAACUGUGUCCUGUACUGUUUACUUACCGACUCCGUUAGAGUUGAACUGAGGAAAGUGAUAGGGCGAGGCAGGCGGAAAUUAAAAAAGAUCUCCAAAAACGGAAGAUCAAGAGCGCAGAACAUUUACCACGAGGCAGACGUAACAAAGCAUCACCACGUGCAAUCCCAUAGUGGAAAUAACAGUGAAAUAGAUCCGUUAUUGCAGCCUUCGUGUGAUGACUGACGUUUUCUUGAUACCAAAGUAAAUAAAUAAAUAAAUAAAUAAAUAAAUAAAUAUAAUGCCUUGUGCGUAGAGUGUCCGACUCUGACCACAAGAUGGAGGACGUGGGUUAGACCCCGACCAGGGGCAUACCAGUCCUUAAUAAACGGUACGUGCUGUCUCCUCGCUUGGCACUCAGCACUUGGGGUGGAAGCUGGUCUGACAGACACAGAUAUUCUAAGCAUGCUAGCUUUCAACGCCUCGUACGGCAACUGGGCUGCGUCCUCCCCGGGAUUGUCCCGGAAUGUAAUGACGUUUAACUGUUAUUAUAUAUACCGCACUGUAUUUAUACACUUCAGGCAAAUUAACAAUCCAACUACUGUUAGUCGUAUAUGAACGUUCUUAAUAUUAAAAUUAGUAAAUA